UCAUGUUGAUGGCGGCCACAUGGUUGUUUCAGCGGUGGCAGCGUAUUUGAAAAUUAUAUUUUUAUAACAUUUUCAUAGAAAUUCGAAAACCAGCAGAAUGAAGGAAACGCCACUGUCUAACUGUGAGCGGGACUUUCUGCUCAAAGCCAUCGAAGAGAAAAAGCGUUUGGAUGGACGACAGACAUAUGACUACAGACAGAUGAAGAUCACAUUUGGGACUGACUAUGGAUGCUGCUUUGUCGAUUUAGGAAAAACCAGGGUCAUGGCCCAGGUAUCUUGUGAGCUGGUGGCUCCUAAAGAAAGUCGACCCAAUGAGGGAAUCAUGUUUUUCAACAUCGAGCUCUCACCUAUGGCCUCACCAGCAUUUGAACAGGGCAGACAGUCUGAGCUGUCAGUGAAGCUAAACAGACAGCUGGAGAGAUGCUUGAGGAACUCCAAGUGCAUAGACACUGAAUCCCUGUGUGUGGUGUCUGGGGAAAAGGUGUGGCAGAUUAGAGUCGAUGUUCACAUGCUGAAUCAUGAUGGGAACCUGAUGGAUGCUGCCAGCAUUGCUGCUAUCACAGCGCUGUGCCACUUCAGACGCCCUGAUGUUAGCAUCCAGGGGGAUGAAGUCACAGUGUACAGUCCAGAGGAGAGGGACCCUAUCCCUCUGAGUAUUUACCACAUGCCCAUCAGUGUAAGCUUCUCCUUCUUCCAACAAGGAACUUAUCUGCUCGUGGACCCUUGUGAGCGGGAAGAGCGGGUGAUGGAUGGAUUGCUGAUGAUUGCCAUGAACAAACACAGAGAGAUCUGUUCCAUUCAGUCCAGUGGGGGCAUCAUGUUGCUUAAAGAUCAGGUUAUGAGAUGCAGUAAAAUAGCCAGUGUCAAAGUGUCUGAAAUCACAGAACUCAUCAACAAAGCCCUGGAGAACGACAGAAAAGCGAGGAAGGCAGGUGAAAGAUGUGGUUUUGCUGAGUCAAUGCCCCAGGAGCGAAUCACUGCACUUAAAAUGGAUGAGACAACAGUAGAGAUGACUGAUGUGUCAGAUAAAGCCGAUGAAAUCGUCCAGAAAGCUGAAGUCUCACCUCACAUGGUGCCCUCCCCAGUGGUGCCUGCUCCUGGUGUUGGUCAGGUAGGGCACAGGCUUCAGAACACCUGGGGAUUGGAGGAGGACUGUGAAGAGGAGGAGGAAGAUGACAGUAGUGAUAAAGAGCCGGAUGAAGAAGUGACAAAGAUGGAAGAGGGGCAGCAUGAAAAAACAGAGAACAAACGAGGAGAUGUGGUUGAGAUUUCUGACAGUGAAGAGGAAGAAGUGGUCAUACUUCACCCAGAGGGGCCAGGCAAAGAUCUUAAAAAUAAUGGAUCAGGUUCUCACCAGAAGGGGGCAGCGGCGUCAAAGAAAAAAAAGAAACAAUGAAAGAAGGGACUACUUUAACCCCCCUGUAGUCUAGGAAUAUCCACACCAGAGGCACAGACUGCAGCUUCUCUUCAUCACAAAGUCUCCUACUCUGGCUGAGAAGAGCUGGACCUGCUAAUGGCCAAGAAGUGUUUUUAAUGUUACCACACAGAAACACAUCCAAGAGUUGGAUCCUUUUUGUGAGAAUAAAAGUUGAUGUUUUCUUUUUGUCA